GUGGCUGUCACCCCCUUCCUACAAGCAGCCUCCGCCGCCGCCGCCGCCUCCUCUUGUGCUCCUACCCUAUGAACACCUCACGCGCGGAGGAAUUCCUCCGCAGCCGGAGACGCUCCCGGAAGCAGUCAUCUUCUCGGACGCGCUCCACCAGCCUGACCGCUGGCACGGGCUCGAGGAAGCUGCCCCCUCUCUCUACGACGCGCCCCACCGGCCCGGGCUCGAGGAAGCAGCUCUCUCCCUCCGCGACGGCCCGGCCCCCAAGCUGGCUCAUCCUCGACCGCUUCAUCCACCGCAGCAGGCGCUUCGGGGUCGUGGAUUGUGACGCCACGGCCUCGUACCACGCACACGACUGCAUCGGCAGGCCCAUCAGCGCCUCCCUCAGGAUCGCCGACUCCCCCGCGGUCUCCCGUCUGUACCUCCACUGGCCGGGCAGGCCGUCGAUCCCAGGCAUGAUGGAGCCCGCCAUCAUCGCCGCCCACGGCCACUCUAUCCUAUUCAAGGUCUACGUGCCCUUCCUGAAUCCUCAUUACCACGCCCCCUGCUUCUUCCCCAUCGAUUACUUCGUCUACUCGGCCUCCUCCUCUUCGUCUUCACAGCCACAGCUCUGGCGCCUCCCAGUUUGCAAAGAUGGUGUCAGCGUCCAGCGCGAUGAUAGCUUCUUUCAACCGUACCGGCGCCAGCAGCAGCGGGUCAUGUUGGACCGAUAUAUGGGCCUCCUCAGCCAUGGUGAAGACGGCGAGUUCACUGUGGCGGAUCUUACUCAGCGUGACGACGAUGAGGUCGAUCUCUGCGUGCUGCACCAUCUGCCUCUUGGCCACCACACUGGAACUGGAUGGGAAAUUGAAUCUAAGUGGAGUGUUGAGCGGCUGCAUAUCCCUCUUGAUAUGUUCAACAAGGGCCUCGAUCUCUCCUGGUUCGAUUGCGAUGCUGUCAUCCCUAUCCAUGGUUGCUUCUUGGCCUGGGUCGACUACUUCCAGGGCAUGCUUCUAGUGGACGUCCUCCACGCUGAUGUUGAUCCGCAUCUCCGCUUCAUCCCACUGCCCACAGAGACUUUGUUGUCUUUCCGUGUGUACUUAGAUGAAGGCUUGCCAGACCCAGCUAGGUGUGUCAGUGUCACUGAUUCUGGCAUCAUCAAACUCGUGUGCAUUAUCACCGGUACUUCUCCUUCUUUCACCAUAGCAACAUGGACUUUGGUUGAUAUGGACCAUGGUGUAUGGGAGAAGGAUGGCACCGCCAUGGAGGACAGCCAGUUCUGGGGCCUUUAUGCUGGCCAGAGUCUUCCACAGGUGCAGCCAAGUUUUCCUGUGGUAAGCUUGGUUGAUCCAGAUGUCAUCUGCUUCUUGCUGAAGGAGGAGGACAACAACAAUUUCUGGAUGAUUGAGGUUAACAUGAGGACCAAGGUGCUGGAAUCCAGUGCAAUCUAUAUUAAUGAAGAAGAAGAAGAAGAAAGAUACUCCUCAAAGAAGACCCCAAGGAACUUCUUUUAUGGCCAUUACUUUAUUCCCAGCAAAUUCUCUGAGUACUUGGAGAAGGAUGCCAUCACAAGUCAGGACCUAAGAGACAUGUUGCAGAAGAAGGUUAUAGAGAGAAGAACGAUGCAAAAGAGGGGACUGGGGAGACGCAGGUGAAGAAUUGAUUUGCCAGCGUGUGGAUGGCCUGGUGCCUUUCUGAAGUGUGGAUUGGUGAAUUGGAGGACGCACAGAUGCCAAUUACUACUACUGUCUCGUGGGAGGGCGAUAUUGUUGGGGUAAUUUACUUUGAACAUCUCCACACAGUCCUCGCAAAUCGCCAUGGAGAAUUUUGGGAGGUUAUGUCGAAGGGAGAACGGGAGGAAUCAAUCUUCCUCUGUGAUCAAAUAUGGGCAUGCCCCAAACCAAAAUUUGUCCUGACUCCCAAGUAAAGCCCCAGGCAAGCUAAAUCUUUGCCAAAUUCAUCAGCUAUCAUCCUUUUUGUAAACUUGUGAUCAGUCUCAAAUAAGGGUACCAGGAUUUGUAUGCAGUGUCAUGGGGCUUGCUGUGCAUCCGAGCAACUGCCAAACCAUUAGCUCUGUUUCAUAUCUCAUUUCAUUAGCAGGUUGUAACUAAGGCUAGCAUAAAUUGUUGUUUGUGUCCCCUAA